AUGGACGGCGUGCUGCGGGCGUCCGGGUUUGGCCGGCUGAUGACCAAGCUGGGCCUGGCCGAGACGGACGAGGAGGCACGGACAAUGUUCGAGUGGCUUGACGUGGGGAGCAAGGGCUACGUGACCGAGCAGCAGUUUGUGAGCAAGAUGGGUCCGCAGGUUGCCCACGCGCUCGCUUUUGGCAAGAGCGCGGCGCACCAGGCCCGGAUCCAGCUUGCACUCAAGACCCAGUUGCAGUCGGUCAAAGACAAGCUGGUUCACCUCGACGUGUUUGAUGCCGACGCCUGCCGCGACGAGGCCAUCGCCCACACCCACGCCGACGAUCUGGAGGCAAGCAACAAGGCGCUUGCCGCGCAGCUUGCCGAAUACACCGCCAUGCUUGAGGCCGCCAUGGCCGAGUUAGACGACGACGACGCUGGCAAUGACUCACUGGUUGGCGGCAUGAUUUCAGAUGCAGGGACUAGAGGCGGAACCGGAUCGACCCACAGCAAGAGGUCGGUCCGCGACGCACUUGCCGCACGCCCCAGCACCCUGCGCAACGGCGAUGACGACGACGAGCUGGACUUUGACAUCGACCUCUCGGAUCCUACCUCGGACGAGCUACUUGGAGAGCUCUCGGAUGACAUCGAGCUCUCGGACGAGGUCGAGACCGAGCGACAGGGCCUCGGCACGUGGGCCCGGCAGGGCUUUGACGACGACAGGGACUACUUUGUGCUUUAUCAAAAAGCCCGCGGGCGGAUCCAGGCGCUCGAAGACGAACUCCUUCGGCUUGAGCUCGAGAACGCUGACCUUCAGCUCGAAGUGGAGCAGGCGCGGAUGGCCAAGACGGAGGCUGAGGCUUCCGCAGCAGCCGCUGCGUCAGCGCUGUCGCCGACGGCUCUCGAGUUUGCAGCCGAGGCUGCUGCCACAGACCAGGACCUGGUGGCGGCUGAAGAGAAACUGCGCGAGAGUCUGGCAAUAGAGCAAGAUGUCGGGACCGAGCUGGCAGAUGCAGAGGCGUCAGCUGACAGGGUGCUGGCAGACCUGGCUAGCCAAGGUCUGACGCCGGACUCGAACAGCCUCAUAGUGGCAGCGCUCAAGGCGCAGCUCGCCGAGGUUCAGACCAUGAACGCGUCAGACAAGGCGGAACUGGCCUCGCUCUCCGAGGCCAUUGCCGAGUCAAAUGGCUUGGUCAAGCAGCAGGCCGAGGACAUGGCGCGGCUUGAGGCGCUCCUUGCCGAGCUCGACGGGCGCAACCGCGAGCUCGAUGCCCGCAACCAGGUGCUCGAGCAGCGAGCCCAGAGCCUGCAGCACCUUGAAGCUGCACCCGACUCUGCGUCGGCCGCUGGCGUGCUCGCCGAGCAGCUGCAGAUGCGGACGGCAGAGGCCGAGGCACGGGCGCGGGCGGCUGAGGGCUCAAUCGCUGCCCUCGAGCGCGAGAACGUCCGGCUCAUGACUGUGCUCGAGGGCUGGAACGAAGAGUCGCAGGUGUGGAAGUCGACGCUUGCCACACUAACCCGAGAAAAUGAGACGCUGCGCGGAGCCUCGGUUCCACGCGCAGAGCACGACGCGGUCGUCACCAUGGCCAACGAGCUCGUCGGCGAAGUCUCCAAGCUCUCGGAGCAGCUGCGGCUCCGCGACGAGCGGCGCGUGAGCCACGACAAGCCGUAGCGGGCAAGACUACGAACGAGCUGAGCCGUCGUCGACGACCACGAUGCGGGCUUCGUACAGAGCCUGCGCAAAGUCCAGGGCUUCGUCAUGGUCGAGCUCGGGAAGAUCGUUAAGGAGGACAAAGUCCGGGUAGGCGUUGUCGAGCACCUCCAGAGCUGGCGCCAUCAGCAGCGGCAGCGUCAUCCGCGACGGCGGAUCAACGUUGAGCUCGGAGGGGUUGUUCGAGUUGUAGUAGAUCACAAACGAGUCCUCG